AUGGAAGAACUCCACUCAAUCAUGCAAAACAUAAAGUUCAUCUCUUCAACAGAUGUUUUCUCUGUUUUAGAUUCACUUUCACAAAUCUUCAAUUUUCAAUUCAUUAAAAAUCUUAAGACUGCAAUACAAUCUAUUUCAAAUCAAUCAUCUAAAAGCGAAGAACGCAUUAAUAUAUUAAAAAACAUAAAUGUCGAACAAGUUCAUUAUACUUAUGAAUUUCAAAAACUCUAUGAUACUAUUGAUGAAGCAGCAAAAUUUGAAGACAAAACAACCCUCAAAUUCGCCAUUGAUAACAAUUAUCUAAAAAUUAAAGGAUUGGAUGAUCCUUUGAAUAUUAAUGUUUGUACUUAUGCAGCAAGCAUCCACAAUCUAUUUUUACUUAAAUCUCUUCACAACCUUGGUGCAGAACGUGAUGAUUUUUCCAGUAUUCUUACAGAAUUUUGCAGAAAUGGAAACCUUCAGGGAGUUAAAUUUGCAGUAGAGGAUUGCGGUGUAAACAUUAAUCAAAUGAAUGUAAGAGCACAACUACCGCUCUAUUAUGCAGCUAGGAGAUUAGAUUAUAAUAUUUGCAGUUAUCUUUGUUCACUUAAAAAUAUAUUGAAGGUUUGUUUUGAUCCGAAUACACAAGAGUUUGCCACAAUUUAUGAUUCUAUUCCCAAAUGGUACAAGUCAUUGAAUAUUCAAGAAUUGUUUAAGAUGACAGAUGAAGAAAAAGAGAUUGCGUCCAGACUUUUCCAUCUGAAACUUUAG